AUGUUGCCCCUCUCGCUCCUCUUGACGCUGCUCCCAGCGCUGGGCCACGCGGUCCCGACAACCCAGGCCGACGUCGACAAUGACCCCGCCGCCGCCCCGGCCCGCCCCGGAUCUCCCUUCACGAUCCCCGUCCGCGCCAACCCGCACCACGUCCCCGACGGCCCGGCCGAGCUCGCGGCCGCGUACCGCAAGUGGGACAUGCCCGUGCCGGAGGGCCUCGAGAGGCACGAGCUGUCACGCCGCGCCGGAUACUCCUCCGGAAUCUCGGCCGCGACUAGCACCGGCGGCGACAGCUACUGGCUCAGCGACAUCUACGUCGGCUACCCCGAGGCGCAGGCCCUCCCGGUCAUGAUCGACUCCGGAUCCCCCGACUUCUGGCUGUUGUCCACCGACACCCAAUUCCCCGAGGUGGCUUCGUUGGUGGCGAGACCUCCCCUCUACAACCCCAAGUUGUCCGAAGCAAGCCAAGAAGUCCCCGGCUUCGCCUGGAACGUCCAGUACAGCGACAAAGGCAGCAGCGACCUCCGAGGAAAGGUCUACUUCGACAACCUCCGCAUCGGCAAGAUCGGGGACCUGCACUGGUUCAACAUCACCAACGCGACGAUCCAGUCCGCCGUGACCAUCGGCCCGCGCAUCGCCGUCGACCCGCGCCGCACCGGCGUCCUCGGCAUCGCAAAGACCCGCCGCUCCACAAUCACCCCGCAGAUGCCCACGACCAUGGACCGCCUGCGCGCCGAGCUGCACUUCGAGUCCAUCGGGAUCGACCUGCGCCACAACUCCUCCCGGGGCUUCUUCGACUUCGGCUCCGGCCGCACCGGCGGCGCCGCCGACCUCGUCCACGAGCCCGUCCCCGUGCCCGCCACCGACCACUGGGACUUCCGCGUGAGCCUGUUCCGCAUGAGCACCAUGGGCGAGUCCGAGUGGUGGACGACGGCCUUCCUGGCGACCGUCGACACGGGCACCAGCCUGCUCCUGCUGCCCGGCAUCUACGUCGCCAAGUACUACUCCGAGAUCCCGGGCGCCACGUUCGACACGGACCUGCAGUCGUGGCUGUUCCCCUGCGACAUCGCGUCUGGCAUCCCGGACUUUGAGUUCCAGACGAGCGGCGGCUAUCGCGGUAAGCUUCCCAAGGAGUACAUCAACUUUGGUCCGGUGCCUAGCGCUACCGACAAGUGCUUCGGCAGCAUCCAGAACAGCGCCAGCAAGCAGGCCAUUUUCGGUGCGGCGGUCCUCAAGACAAUGUAUGUCCAGCUGAAUUAUGGCGAGCAGGGCAGUUUUGUCAGUUUCGGCAAGAAAGGACUUGAUGCUUGUUCGUUUACCAGCACCUGCACGGUGUAG